GCUGCUCAGCGCGGGGCUGCGGCGGGGAAGCAGGCGUGGGCCAGCUGCACCUGGCCUGGAAGAGCACCAGAUUAGAAGAGGAGUCAUGUCAGAAGAAACAGUAAGCGAAUCACAGUUUUCCUUGAAGACAGCAGUACUAAGAGUGUUUGAUCUUCCUCUGUCUUGGUACUAUUCUCUCUCCCAGAUAAAAUUUUCACCAGUAGCAAAAAAGUUGUUUGUGGUAACUGCAGUGAGUGCUGUAUCUGUAAUUUUUCUGGCCCAUCACUUUAAAAGAAGACGUGGAAAGAAGAAAGGAAAAGCAUUACCAUGGGAACCAGAGCACCUUGUACUUGAAUACACUAAAAGAGCAGCAUCAGACAAAGGUUCAAGUUGUUCCAGUAGUAGACAGAAUUUGACCUUAUCUUUAAGUUCCGCCAAAGACAAAGGAUCUCAGUCUUGUAACUAUGCUAAUGGAGGACUUUUCAGUAAAUACUCAGGUUCUGCACAGAGUUUAGCCUCUGUCCAGAGUGUCAAUUCUUGUCAUAGCUGUGCUUGCGGCAAUUCUAACUCCUGGGACAAAGCAGAUGAAGACGAUAUUAAGCUUGUUAAUAUUCCUGUGACCACUCCUGAGAACUUAUACUUGAUGGGUAUGGAAUUGUUUGAAGAGGCAUUGCGUCGAUGGGAGCAAGCUCUCACCUUUCGAAAUAGACAGGCUGAAGAUGAAGCCUGUAGUUCCAUUAAAUUGGGUGCAGGAGAUGCCAUUGCCGAAGAAAGUGUAGAUGAUAUUAUUAGUACUGAAUUUAUCCAUAAACUUGAAGCUCUGCUGCAAAGAGCAUAUCGUCUUCAAGAGGAGUUUGAAGCUACUCUGGGGGCAUCUGAUUCUAAUUCCCUUGUUAAUGAUAUUGAUAAAGAUACAGAUACCACCAUGAAGGGGAAUGUGGAUGAAUUUGGCUUGCGAGACUCCUUGAGCGUUGCAUCAACUGAUUCCUUUGCUUCAGCCGCAGAGCUUGCAGAACACAGGGAAGGACGGCAUGCCUACAGUCUAGAGUCUCUCUGCCACUGCCCUUUCUAUGAAGAAGCCAUGCAUUUAGUUGAAGAAGGGAAAAUUUACUCAAGAGUGCUUAGAACUGAAAUGUUGGAGUGCCUCGGAGACAGUGAUUUUCUUGCCAAACUUCACUGUAUUCGACAGGCUUUUCAGGUAAUACUUUCGGAAACAGCCAACAGGAUAUUCCUUGCUGAGAGUGGAAGGAAAAUUUUAUCAGCGUUAAUUGUGAAGGCACGAAAGAAUCCAAAGAAGUUUGAAGAUGUUUUUGAUGAAAUGAUCUAUUUUUUAGAGCAGACUGAUCACUGGGAUAGUACUGAAAUGGAACUUGCUGCUAGAGGAGUGAAAAACCUAAAUUUUUAUGAUGUUGUUCUGGAUUUUAUAUUAAUGGAUUCCUUUGAAGAUUUAGAAAACCCACCCACUUCCAUACAGAAUGUAGUAAAUAAUCGCUGGCUGAACUCCUCCUUCAAAGAAACUGCUGUGGCUUCAAGUUGUUGGUCAGUGCUGAAACAGAAAAGGCAACAGAUGAAGAUCCCAGAUGGAUUUUUUGCCCAUUUUUAUGCCAUUUGUGAGCAAAUCAGCCCUGUCCUCGCUUGGGGCUUUUUGGGUCCUAGAAAUUCUCUCUAUGAUUUAUGUUGCUUCUUUAAGAAUCAAGUUAUUUUCUUUCUCAAAGACAUUUUUGACUUCGAGAAGGUACGUUAUUCCAGUAUAGAGACUUUGGCCGAAGACCUCAUGCAGUUACUUAUUCGCCGCACUGAACUCUUGACGGCCUAUCUUGGAGCUGAUGCACUGAGGCAUACAAGUAGCUGUCUAAGUAGUCAUGGUCAUGUCAUGUCCAGUGGCCUAUUGGAAGCCAAAGUGCAAUAAGUACCAUAAAGAACAUACGGUUGGAAUGUACUAUGAAAUAGUUAAGGUAACUAUUGAUUUUGUACCAUGUAUUAUAAUGAAUUGGGGGAUAUGGACUCAGGGAGGGAAAAGACAUCUGGUAGAGUAUGAGUGAUCAUACUGUAUUUACACAGUUCUGUCGUUGAAUCCCUGUGUACUAUAUCCAAAGUGACGCUUUCUAGUCUUUAGGUAAUAAUUUAAGUCAUGAAAUGUGUAUUUUACAGAAAUACUGCUUGAAUUAAAACCAGUACUUGGGAGUUAGUUGAUUUGUCUUCCCGAAGCUGUCUGCGAUGUCCAGUAUCAUUUUCAAAAGCUCUGUUCUUAUGCUUUGCACCUUGAAAAUAUACACUGUAGCCAAGACCUUCGUGGCACCCUUAUGUAAGGAUAUAUUACUCCUAGUGUCAACAAAUUUAACUUUGCCUGAAAAUGUAUUUUUCACUGUAAAGUUAUUUAUUCAAUCAAGUUUAGGCAGUAGUGGUGUUUAAUACGUACUGCUUACAUUAUUGCUCGUGCAUUUGCUCAUGUUUGAAUCAAAGAAAUUGUAAUGGCCGAGUAUCAUUAUAAAACAUUUAAAUGAAUUGACACUGAGAAGUUUACAAGUUUAUAUUAGAUUUGCUGCAGUUUCUAAAAUAUAUUAUUGUUGGUCCUGUAGUUAGAAUAAUGAGACCGAAGAAAUUUUUUUUAUCUUUUUAUAGAUUAGAGCAUUUUCCCCUUGAAUCAUUAUUGAUUAAAAAGAUAACAUUUAUUAACUCUAAGAAGUUGUUAAGAUUUUUUGUGUGUAGUUUUGAAACUAUUUCCCAAUAUCUGAAGAUACUAAUUUGGAUACAGUAAAAUAGUUUCCAAGUUCUCCUCCUAUAGAACUUAUAGUGCACUGGGAAUUUGUCAUAUUAUGCCCAAUUUAAAAAAUAUUCAUACUUUGACUCUUAGUGACGUUUUAAAGGUUUUUUUCCCUCUGAAUAUAAAACAAAAUAUUUUUUAGUGGCAUGGAAGUAUAUUUCAAUUGUCCUUUAUGGUAAAUAAAUGAACAAAUGGGUUGUUCACAUGAGUAGGGUUCUUCAGAGUAUAUUAGAUACAUUCAGAGCUGUGUUAAUUUUGUGUCUAAACCAUAUAUCGCUUAUUUAAAGUGGCUCACUCAGCAUAUCAAAGCACUGGACUUGUUGAUUUUGCUCCUAAGGUGAGCUUUAUCUAUUUCGCGAGGGAGUUACCCAGAAAGAUUUAAAUAUAUUUUUUAAAAAAUGAAUUUUUAGAUUAAAGUGCCUAGUUUCUGACGAAUGAAUAGAAAAUGAAAAGCGAGGGAGAAAAGCAUAAUCUUUUAAGGUUUUAAAUUUACAUCUGUGCCACACUUAUGUAAUAAUCAGUUACAAAAUACGAGUUUCAGAAUCUUUAUGCUGUUUGCAUGUAUACUGUGUCCCAUAAUGUGUGGGUUACAGAAUUAAACAAUAUGAAAUACUGCUCAGAUAUUUAGUUCCUGACGUUUCUUACAUAUAUUCUUAGUUUUAACAAUUGGUUAUUCAUAAUUGUUAUUAUUGGUGGAGGAAUAGCGGUAGAAGUAUCAAAGCUAAAAAUUGCAUUAUGUGUUGUUUUAUUUUUUAAUUCAUAUCUCGUACUUUAACUUCUUGUCGGGUACCAUUGGCCUUGAAUAAUUCAUACACGUGUGUGUGUGCUCGUGUUCCCAUCCUUGUGUAGGCAAGACAGGUAUUGUUUAUAUUUAUCUUCUGGUUGGGGCGGCUAAAUGUUUUAAGCUGUGGUUUUAUAAACAGAGCUGUAAGUAAACUUAAUUACUUUUUUUAUUUGAGGAAGAUAUUAUUUGAAAUCUAUUUUGAAGAAUUGCACUAUUUAUAAUGCUGCUACUACAUAAGGUAAUUCUGGGGAAUUUAUUUUAUCAGAUAAGAUGAAUAGCUUUCCAGAAGGUGGGUUUUUUCCUCUUUUACACUUCACCUUAAAAAAAAAAAAAAAAAAAAAAAAGUUGCCCUUAUUCAAGAGGUUAGUUUGUCAAAUUCAGUGUUUUGAGUUUGAUUCGUUUCUGGUCAGUUAUGUAGCUACUACUUCAAAAAAGUGCUUUCUUUGUGGCCUUUGACAGAAGAAACAAGAGUGACCAAAUAGAAUUUCAGGGUAAUUAGUAUAGGUAAAAAUAAAAAAAAAAACCCUCUGUUUUAUAAGGGAAGAAACUUGAACUUUUUAAAAGAAACAUCUCUUUUAAAUGGUUCUGACCACAGCAGACAUACUUAAGGCAUAUGUACCAAUUUCAGCUUGCCUUGAAAUUGGGUUAAACAACUAAAGCAAUGUUAUAAAUAAUCCUUAAAAAAUGAUUAAAAUAGUCUAGAGCUUUUAGGAAAAAACCCUGUUCGACGCAUGCUGGUACAGUCGGAAAACUGCCAUUGCCACCACCAGUCCUACUACCGUCCCUUUCCCUGUGUAUAUGAUAAUCAGAGGGCCUUGAGUUCAUCCUGAGAAAAUGUUUCUUUCCUCCCGUUUUCUGGAAGAGAAAAGAUCCGUGUUCAGGUGAUUUAUGUUUGCUAACUUUCUUUCUGUUUUGGUUUCUCUAUGUUUUUGUUCAACUAAAAGUCUAGUUAUUUUUUCAUUUAAGGCUUACAAUAUGUUUAUAAAAUAGCAAAAUGAGAUUUUUUUAAAAAAAAGAAGCCAAGAGUCUCAUAUGAUUAUAAUCAGCUCCAAAAAACUUUCUGUCAUAAAAUAGUACUUUUAUUUGGAUCCGUUUAUUUUUAUUCUGUUGUUAAAUUACCUGGCUUUAUAAAAAAUAUUUACAAACUUUUUCUUGC